AUGGCGGCCGGCAGCGUGAGGCCUGGCAGGAAGGGCUUCCUCUCCUGCGCCUGUUUUUUCACCGACAACCUUUUCGUGCCGCGCUACGGCCUUCACGUCCGCUACGCCGGGGACCCCGAGCAGCUCCGCCGGGAAUACGGGCCGGCAUUAAGACAGCGUGGCUGCAGAACGGAGGAAGAAUUUACAGCUGUAAUCCAAGAGAUUGAGAAAGAAGUGCAAAGAAGAAAGGAAUUAAGUUACCGUUCUAAAGAGAGGAAAGCAAUCAUCUCCCGGAACUACAGACCAAAGCAUCCACAGCUCUAUACUUUACAGGAAUCAUUUCUGGCACCACAGUUUUUAGAAACAGUCAAAUACUGUACAUCCAAAGAGGCAGAUCUCCAAGGCCUCCUCAGUCGUGUAGAAACUAUAUCAGAUAAGAGAAUCUAUCGAUUGCCAGUAUUUGCCAAGGAAUUCUGUCAAGCUUUCAUCAAAGAACUGGAGAGUUUUGAACACUCUGAGAUGCCCAAGGGGAGGCCAAACUCUAUGAAUAACUAUGGGGUUCUCCUAAAUGAACUUGGGAUGGAUGAAGCGUUCAUCACCCCUUUGCGUGAGAAAUACCUGCAGCCCCUUGCGGCUCUGCUUUAUCCAGACUGUGGGGGAGGCCACUUGGACAGCCAUAAAGCUUUUGUGGUGAAAUAUGCCUUAAAAGAAGACCUGGAUUUAAGCUCCCACUACGACAAUGCAGAAGUCACACUUAAUGUUUCCUUGGGGAAAGAGUUCACAGAUGGCAACCUCUACUUUGCCGAAUUCAAAGAGGAUGUCAACCCUGUGCCAAAGUACAUCGAGGUGGAGCAUGUGCUUUUUCACGGAUUGCUCCAUCGUGGGGGACAGAUGCAUGGGGCGCUGCCGGUCACCUCUGGAGAGCGUUGGAAUCUCAUUAUUUGGAUGAGAUCAUCUAUUGUCCGGAACCAACUUUGUCCCAUGUGCAACAGGACGCCAGAACUGGUGGAAGCAGAGGGGUUUGGAGAGGGGUUCACCAGCAACUUUGAUGGCAGUCAGUCUGAAACUGUGGAUGUGUGCUCCCUAAUCUAGAGGAACUACGCAAGGUGAAUCUGACAGCUCGACUUCCAUAAAGACAACAGCGGUAGCCUCAAUAUGUUCCCCAAAGACCCAGCUGAAGAUGGCUUGUGUGCUUGUAAAGCAGUCCAUACAUUAAAGAACUGAAAACAUCACAAUGAGCAGUCACAGAGCAAAAUCACUAAGUACAGAUUAUACAGCGGCAGAUUCCAGACUUGCAUAACUGUCAAAUGAAAUUCUACUGUCUUAGCCAUGGAUCUUAAGAAUCAAACUUUCCCUGUAAAAUAUGUGUCUCCGAAAGACCAUAUUUUACCCUACAAGGCUGCUAGGCUUCCAAAUGCUUUGGUGGAGGUCUUCUUUUGUGCCACUGGAGGCACAGUUUGUGUGGAUGUGAAAGAGGGCCUUCUUGGUAGUUGCUCCCUAGCUGUGGAUCUCAACUAAGUAGGUAUUCCUUUCAUUUGCUGCCAGGCAAACAGAUUUGUAUUCAGCAUCUAAGACGUUAAAUUUUAUUAAUAAAUUAGUGCUAUUUUUUAAUAUUCGUGUUAGCCAACUCGAGUGCCAUUUUGGCAGAAAGAUGGUACACUAUAGUAAAUGAUAAACUGAACAUUCUGAAUGUAAGGGGCACAGACAGCAGUUACUUCUGGCCUGCCUGAAUUGGAGAGAACAAUCAAUUAUAACAUAGUCACUGCGCACAGUGGCCUGUUUUAAAUGCUCUUUUAACUUAUGAUGAUAUUUUAAUUAAUGUUUAACUGUGUUUUUAUUGUUGGCAUCUAGUGGUUGCUGAUUGUAAGCUGCUCUGAGGCUCCCUCUGGAGGUGAAAAGAUGAGAAUAUAAAUGUCUGAAAUAAAUUAAAAAUAAUAUCACUGCCUCCUUCUCAACUGAACAGAAAGCAGAGAAAUCUGUAUCAUUUUCUCUGUAAAAAGAUUCUGGAAAAUCUUGUUCACUCCCUAAAGAUGCCACACUCACAUGGAAUUGAAGGAUAUGGGUGUUUUUCUCUAGCAGUUGAACUGCAUAGAAGUUUGUGAAAUAAGCCAAUGUGACGUUCCAAAAAGGUCGAGAUAUACCUCAACAGGUUCCAACUUAAGCUGCUUACAGGCAAAAGAAUUGCCCUGAGGGUUAUUUUUGAGCCUAGCAGCUCAGAUUCCUCAACACUGACAAGAGA